CCCGCCCGCCUGCCUCUGUCUCUCUGGGCCCCGCGGCUCCGGGCAAGAGGCCGGCUGCGUCCCUGGAAAGGCAGUGGCCGGAGCCAGGGCUGACCGGGCAGGUCACCUGCCCAAAUGGGAAAUGGGUCAGUGAAACACAAGUACCUGAAGAGGCCAGACAGUCAUGUGGGAAACUGCCCUCUGGGCUGCUCAGGGAGCAGCAAGCUCUUGAAAGACCCGGGACUGAACAUCAGUACGAUCACAGGUGCGGCGGAUAUUCUGAGGAGCAAGAUCUGGGAGCUCGAGAGGGAGCUGAAGAGGCAGGAAGAAGAGCUCCACGAGAGGAACUACCACAUCAUCGAGCUGCAGGAGCAGCUGGCGAAGCAAACCCGGACCAUCGCCGACCUCACUGAAGAGCUAAAGUGCAAAUGCAUCCAGCUCAACAAGCUGCAGGAUGUUGUGGACACCCAGGGGACAAACCCCUUCCUGUUCUCCCCUCUUAAAGAAGCGCCCAGGGCCAACCAUGCCGCCCCCUACAGCAACAGGAGGAGAGGUGCGAAGGAAGGUGUGUCUGCAGAGCCCACGAGCCGGACGUACGACUUGAGCGAGCAGCCUCGCUUCUCCUUCAAAAAGGCGAGAGUCAGAAAGGCCUCAAGUGAGAAAAAGCUCAUCACAGAUGCCCUGAGUAGAAACCAAUUUCUGAAGAGGCUGGACCCGCAGCAGAUCAGAGAUAUGGUGGAAUGUAUGUAUGGGAGAACAUACCAGCAAGGGAGCUACAUAAUCAAACAAGGAGAGCCUGGCAACCAUAUAUUUGUACUGGCAGAAGGCAGGUUGGAAGUCUUUCAGCAAAACAAACUUCUCUCUUCGAUUCCUGUGUGGACAGCGUUUGGGGAGCUGGCCAUUUUGUACAACUGCACAAGGACGGCCUCGGUGAAAGCUGUCACCAGCGUGAAAACAUGGGCAUUAGACAGAGAGGUUUUCCAGAAUAUAAUGAGGAGGACAGCACAAGCAAGGCAUGAACAAUACAAAAACUUCCUCAGAAGUGUUUCUCUGCUGAAGAAUCUACCUGAAGAUAAACUGACAAAGAUUAUAGACUGCUUGGAAGUGGAAUACUAUGACAAAGGUGAUUAUGUUAUUCGGGAGGGAGAGGAAGGAAACACCUUCUUUGUUAUAUCCAAAGGGAAGGUUAAGGUUACCCAAACUGCAGAAGGUCAGACACAGUCUCAGCUCAUUAAAACGCUGCAGAAAGGAGAUUACUUCGGGGAAAAGGCCCUGAUCAGUGACGACGUCAGGUCUGCUAAUAUAAUUGCUGACGAAAACGACGUGGAGUGCCUGGUCAUAGACAGAGAAACCUUCAAUCAAACAGUUGGGACUUUUGAAGAACUCCAGGCAUACCUUGCGGGUUAUGUGGCCACCCUGGCUCGGGACGAUGAAAAAAGACAAGCUCAAGUUUCUUCCUUGGAGCAGCUACCCAGCGACGUCUCUUUGGAGAUGAUACAGCUGAAAGAAAAAGUAACCCAGUUUCCUUCCUCCUGCCCGUUUCAGAACCUGGAAAUUGUCGCUACCCUGGGUGUUGGUGGAUUCGGAAGAGUGGAACUUGUGAAAGUGAAGAACGAGAACAUAGCAUUUGCCAUGAAAUGUAUCAAGAAGAAACACAUAGUGGAUACCAAACAGCAGGAGCACAUUCACUCCGAAAAGAAAAUUCUAGAAGAAGCCUGCUCUCCCUUCAUUGUGAAAAUGUACCGCACUUUCAAAGACAACAAAUACGUUUACAUGCUCUUGGAAGCCUGUCUUGGUGGUGAGCUGUGGAGUAUCCUAAGAGACAGAGGGAGCUUUGAUGAAACCACUACAAAGUUCUGUGUUGGAUGUGUGACGGAAGCCGUCGAAUAUUUGCAUUACAUCAGUGUGAUCUACAGGGACUUGAAGCCUGAAAAUUUAAUUUUGGACGCUCAAGGAUAUAUAAAGCUGGUUGAUUUUGGGUUCGCUAAGAAGAUUGGAGCUGGACAAAAGACCUGGACGUUCUGCGGGACUCCUGAGUACGUUGCCCCUGAAGUCAUCCUGAACAAAGGACACGAUUUCAGCGUGGACUUCUGGUCUCUUGGUAUCCUAGUGUAUGAGCUGCUGACAGGAAAUCCUCCAUUUUCUGGGGUCGAUCAAAUGAUGACCUACAAUUUGAUUCUGAAAGGCGUCGAAAGGCUGGAUUUUCCCAGGAUAAUCACAAAGCGGCCUGAAGAUUUGAUUCGGCGGCUCUGCAGGCAAAAUCCAACCGAGAGGUUAGGAAAUCUGAAGAAUGGUAUCCAUGAUAUUAAGAGGCAUAGGUGGCUGAACGGUUUUAACUGGGAAGGACUAAAGGCAAGGAAGUUAACGUCUCCUUUAAAAAGAGAGCUUUCUGGUCCGAUGGAUUACAGCUACUUCGACCGAUACCCUCCUGAGCAGGGAACCCCACCAGAUGAGCUUUCAGGCUGGGAUAAAGACUUCUAAGAGGAGAAAAGAAGAAGCAGGCUUAUAGAUCAACAAAUACGAGCAUCCACAGAUUGUUUGUAGUAGUCAUGUAACGCAAUUGUUAGGAGCCCAACCCAGCUGCAUUCAGAUCAAGGAGACUUCUGCAUUUAGUGUGAGCAGGAUACAGACACCGACACCCCCCUUUUAACUUCCUUUGCAACUUCGCAGCAUGACGGGUUUUGCCUUGUCCUUUGAAGGAUGGGGCAGUGGCAGUGGCAAGAAGCAUCAAUCCUUGUUUAAUUGCAAACAGAAUUUCUUCAUCUCUCGUAGAGAUGUGCAUCACAGUGGUAUCUCAGAAGUCAACCGGAAUCCGUUCCGGAAGUCCGUUCGACUUCCAAAGCUCCUGCAGCCAAUCAGAAGUCACGUCGGACGUUCAGGUUCCAAAGAACUUUCUCAAAC